GCUGUACAUUCUCAGCACAUUCUAUAUAGCUCGGAAUUUCGCAAUGCUCCUUCAAGUUUCUCGGUUUCAACACCACCAUGGCACUCUAUGCACGCCACCCCCGAUUUACGGUCGCUCUUCUCAUAUUAAUUUUCAUUUCGUUAGUCAUGUUUGCGAGUGACUCGCCCUCUCUUAGGUCAGUGGCCUUCAGCAAAUCUAGGGACAACGCGCUUGCAGAGGCGCUCGCGUUGGAAGAGAUUUAUUAUGGAGAAAUGGUGCAGCGACGACAGCAACUCAUCAAAAAAUGGGGACCAACACCCGAUAAGGUUGACCCGUUCCCUUCGCACGGCGAGUUUUACACGCUCUGGGACUUCUUUCUGCCCUCAUUUAGAUGCCCUCAUCGCGUCGAGCGUGUCGGGAUUAUGGGUGAUGGAGGUAAAUGGGUUUGUGGAUUAGAACGUGUAGCUCCCAAACAACAAUGCAGCAUCUAUUCUUUCGGGAUUAAUGGCGAGUCGUCUUUCGAGGCGGAUCUUAUGAAGGCAGCGCCCGGUUGUCAGGUUUAUGGCUAUGAUUUCAGUGUCGCUUCUUUUGGUCCCGAAAUUGAAGAAGACAGGGAUCUCAAGUCACGCUCUCACUUUUUCUCAUACGCACUUGGCCAUGAAGACAAGCACAACGCAGCUGACCAUCCAAAAAUGUACACCCUUCGUACUCUCAUGGAAAGGAAUGGACACGAUUUCAUUGAUAUCCUCAAAGUCGAUAUCGAGGGCAACGAAUUUGAUUCGUUGUCAACUUUCAUCGACUCUUUCCAUGGUGAACCGCUCCCAUUCGGCCAACUUCAGCUUGAAGUGCACGUGUACCCAGGCAGUGUUUGGAAUGAGUUCCCGAAGUUCCUCGGGUGGUGGGAGAAGCUGGAAGCUGCUGGCCUGAGGCCAUUCUUCUCUGAGUCAAAUCUUGUCUACAUGAACCUCGUCAGAGGCGCUCGCCCAGAUCUUAUAGAGUACUCCUUCAUUAACGUUCGCGGUGAUCAUGAGCUGGUGUCCAACCGGCCUUCAUCUCCGCGAUCGGCUAAAAGUCUGCAGGGCGGAUGGACUCUUUAUUUAUCAAAAUCGGACGUGUUACAUCAUUCCUUUAUACCGUAUUGAAGAUUUAUCACUCCCGAUCAGGGACAGUAUAAAUUAUAUCGAUCUUUACUCCGUUUCUUUCUUACUACAGGCGGGUGUCUUAGCUUCAAACGGAUCCCAAGACCAUUUGUUUGUUAUGAUGUAGGUCAAAUGAAACUACCAAGCCCAAGAUUUACCUCGCAGCCCUGUUAGCGCUGAUACCUUGUUGAUAUACC